AUGGACCCAGAUAAACAAGAUGCUUGUAAUAGUAUCGAGAAUUUCAUUUAUAGAACAGCCUUCAAAUUACGAUCUGUGCAAACUCUGUGCCAAAUGGACCUGAUUGACAGCUCCGUGAUCCAGCACCUCCUACUACCCCAAGACUUUUGGGACCCAAGGGAGAGCUCCCUGUCAGUGCAGCAGCUUUUUCAGGCCCUUCAGGAGCUGUUUCAGAGGGUCAGAGUGGAAACACCAGGACAUGUGCAUCCCAGAGCUUCGGAACUCACUCUGAGCCUUCUCACAGCGAUGUAUGACAGCACAGGAACGGGUUUCCUCAAGCUUGUGCCGGCAGCUGCUGCCCUGAUUGCCCUCUCAGGGGACAGCCCUCUUUCAAAAUACAGAGCUCUUUUCCAGCUCUAUGCAGAGAACAACAGGGGGCAUUAUGAAUCUGGGGCACACAUGACUCGAAGGACUUUGAGGAACCUACUAACCGAUCUACAGCAGAUCCCAGCUGUGGUGGGGGAGAGUUGUGCUCUGUGUUCUGUGGAAAGUGCUAUACGCAGCUGUUUCCAAGGGGUGUUGAGCCAAGCAAUCAAAGAAGAGAAAUUCCUAAGCUGGUUGCUAUACGAGCCACCCAUCCUUCUGUGGCUCCCCACCUGCUACAGAUUAUCAGUCUCUGAGAUGGUCACUCACCCAGUUCGGUGUAGUGUCUGCAGGAACUUCCCAAUCACAGGACUGAGAUAUCGCUGUCUGAAGUGUUUCAACUUUGACAUCUGCCAGGUGUGUUUCUUAUCUGGUCUUCACAGUGAGUCCCACCAGAAGCCUCAUCCUGUGAUUGAGCACUGCAUCCAGGUAACAUCUAAUGAGAAUGCAAAACUCCUGCUCAGGACCCUCAGAAACAACCUACUCCAAGGGCGCUGUGGGAGGAAAGAAGCUGAGAGAAGUCGGUGGCUGCUGGACCAUGUGAAUCCAAAGGUCUUGGCUAACCUUGCACAUGCCAGGUUCUUUAAAAAACAGUUAAACCGAUGCAAAGACAAGUUGCAAGCAAUAUAUGCCUCCCAAGAAGAAAAGAAUCGCAGAUUUGAAACAAAGAUUCACCAGCUCACAACCAGCCAGGAUAGUCUGUGGACCAAACUACAGCAGAUGAGAGAGGACCUGCAGGCAGUGUUGCAGCCUCUUCAUCCUUUAUCUUCUUCCUGUCAAAAUAGGGCAUCAAAGAGUAACCAUUCUUUGGCUAAAACAUUUUGGAGGAAAGGAGAUUCUUCCCAGAUCAAGAACAUCAAUGAGGAGGGCUCAGAAUGGGAAACUCUUCCUAACCCCACCAUGGUUAGCAGAAGUCACUGAGCAAGUACAGAGCAUGCUCUACAAAAUCCAGAGCCACCGGAAGCCAUUUUGCAGCCGAGGUCAGUGCAAAGCAGCAGGACACAAAGCCAAGCCCAAAAGAUACUGAAGGAAAGCCUGCCCAGUGCUCAGGGAUUGCUGCCGGAAACCCCCAAAUUUGUCUCUACUGAAAUGAGUAGUCCUGCUCUGGCACCUGCUGAAAGGAAAGAGACCACUAACAUCCAAGAGAGAAAAGAUGAGCUGGAGGAAGAGGAACUGCAAGAACUGCUGUCAAAAUGUAUGGAUGCCUUCACUCUUGAAAUGCCAUCAGGUCUGUAGUCUUCAGUAAACAUGGACCUGUAUCGUGGAGCUGAGCAGGUGAGCAGAGCCUUCUCUGCCCUGAUUGAUCAAAUCACUUUGCCUAACUUGAAGUGA